CUUUAACAAGCACCGCUCAUGAGGCGAAGGACGGGGUGGUAAGAAUAAUACGCGCCAGUCGAAGUCUCAAGAGCCACGAUCGAAUAGCAAGGCAAACUGAACAACUUCUGACAGAGCUACUCAAAGUCACCACCCAACGCGAGAUAACGCACGCCUUGGCCGAUAAUCUCGACACCAAUUCCCCCUCCGAUACGCGGCUAACAGGCUCCGCUGUUGCCGGCGCCUCGAAUGACCCCUUGGGUGCAGGACGCUCCAGGCUGGUUCCCGGAUCCGCAGCGCAGGCAGUUGUAGAUCCUGUUCAAGGAGCCUGGGACUCAGAAUUCAAUGCCCUCCCUGCCGUAACGGGACCUUAUGAUUUCCUCCCUGCUCAAGCCUUUCAACAGCUGGACGAUACAUUUGGUGCCUUCGGAGAAUGUAAUGUCCCUUGAUCACCCCAGACUCACACCCAAAUUUUGACUGACCUCGUGCAUAGCCAUGUUUAACUUGGUCCCUGAUGAUCAAAACAGUACAUGGAACUGGGGCCGAACAUUUCCCUAGCCAAAGGAGCAUCAGGGAGUCAACGUGAUCAGUGCAGCCUUGUAGCUCGCUGAAACUGCCCUGGAGCCAAGCCAAACACUAGAGAGCAAGGUGCACGGGCGAGCUUCGCGACAGUUUUAGUUGUUAUUUAGUAUGCCAAGAGUAAGCCACGCAGGAUGGCUUAUGGCCACACUAGCAACAAUGGCCACGGGGAUGCGGAAAGCCGCCGGAUAUUUGGGGUCCCGGCAUCCAUGGGUGGGCGUGAUUGUUCCGGUGGCUAUCUUUCCGGUGGAGAUAACGGCGGUGACCAUCAAAACUCCUCAGCCCGGAUGGCUCGGACUCCGCAUCGUCAAGUAUCGGUUUCAUGACAGCCAUUCGACUACUUAUCCAACUUACCCCGACCUUUGAUAAUAAUUUUCAGCAGAUCUAUCGAUCUCAGAGAUAAUAAUGCCACUGUUCUGUGUGGAAAGCACUGCGCCGUGGCUUAACAAUAAUAAAACUCCAAAUUGCCCAAAAGCUAGAGCG